AUGCAGAACUCUGAGAUGCCUCUAGAACAUGGCGUUGAGGAUGGUGACAUUCAAUCCGAAGAAGCUCCCGCCUCGAAGAAGUCUGGAUCCAAGGCACAAGGACGGAAGAGGACGAAAACAGGAUGCCUUACAUGUCGAAAGCGCCGUAUUAAAUGUGGCGAAGAGCGGCCCACUUGUCAUAAUUGUACCAAGUCCCGGCGACAGUGUGAAGGAUAUAACCAAAGGGUCAUCUUCAAAGAUCCUCUUAGUUCAUAUCGACCAUCACUAUCUACGUCGGCGUCCACGUCUCGCUCUGGAGCUACUUCAAGCCAGCCUGCUGCGGGCCAUGGCAGGCAGUAUCAGGAUUUUGUGUCCUCGCAGAGUGCACUCCGCAUCGCUCCAAAGGCCGAAGAAUCAACAAGACCAUUAUCCACGGUGGAAAAUACAACCUCUAUGCCUAGCUUGCCGUCAGUCCCACUCCCAGAGACGAAACACAGAUCAUAUAGUUUUCAGAGUGGCUUUUCCAUAGAUUCCCUCGCUGAUCAUCCCCGUCUUGCUCAAUCCCACGAUACCAGGUCCGAUACGGUGGACCAGUCAUACGUUCCUGAGCCAAAACACCCUCAGCCCUCCCGAGAGCAGGCGGCAUAUUAUGGGUUAAAUGCUCCUAAAAUAAAGCAGGAGAACAGAAAUGAGGCGCACUUGGUGCCCGCGCAAAGAAGCCCUCAAGAAUGGCCGGCUGGUCCAAGCAGUGCGUCUUCGUAUGCACCACAAGAGCUAUUUGAGGAUUCUAACAGACAGUUCCCAGCGUCAGCAGCGUCCGCGGCAUUAUACCGUUCAUAUGCUACAACAGCGGAUUCGGAUCCGUCUAAUGCGGUCCUAUCAGCCUCAGAUAAUCUCCACGACCCAUCUCCGAAUCGGGUCUUGGCGGGUCUGUUGAGAAACCCGAAAGGCAAAACUCAACAAUCCCCCGAAGUACAGCGAAGACUCAAUUCCCAAUCUCAAGUUCAGCCCCAGGGUUACUCCUGUGUUGGCCCUUUCCCUGCCGCUGAACCGACUUCUAGACUCUUGGUGUCUACACAAGAUGUCCAAGAUGCCGAGGAUGACUCGAUGGACGACGAAGAUCCAUUUGAUGUCAUUGAUGACAUGGAUACGCAGAUGGAGGAGUACGAGGACUCCGGGCGUCGGCAAGUCGUUUCCUCUGGCCAUCUGCGCAAUAACGAUCUUGGCAUUCUUGUCGCACUUCAAGCAGGGCAAGACUCCCACAACCUACAUCCGCGUUCAUUCACAUCGUUCAUCGACCGGCCUGAUAUGCUGGCUACCUACCUCCCAUCCCCACAAUCUUCUCCGUUAAAUGAUAGCAUGACGGCAAAACUCUUUUGUCAUUUUGUCAAUGUGACUGGUCCGAGUAUAUCUAUGUAUGAGCGACAUCCUGCCAAUCCCUCUUUACUCUUCCAAGCACAACCUGUCCCACCGUCUCAGCAACAUAUAUGGACCUACACAUUUCCGACAUUGGCUCUCCAAAACCCUGCCCUCUUGCAUGCCAUGCUUGCACUUGCAGGCCUACAUAUUGCCAAACUUCAAAACCGACCCGCUACCGCGUCGUUGAAGCAUUACCACAUCAGUCUUCGAAGAACAGCAAAAAGUGUUGGCCUACCUACCAGGCGAGGGCAGCCUGCCACACUAGCGGCUGUACUGUUGCUUGGCUUUUACGAGUGCUGGUGUGCAGAUCAUCAAAAGUGGAGUAACCACCUUCUUGGGGCUAGGCAGUUAGUGCGAGAGAUCGACUUCGCCGGUAUAACGAGAUACAGAAAGGCUUUGAAAAUCCAGGAGCGCCAAGAAGAACGCAUGAGGUAUUACGAGGCCCAACAAGAUGAAACUGGCCAGAGCUUCUAUGAUGACAGAGCUCGAUUCCAAGCGUAUACGGAUGAUGUGGAUGAGAACAUUGUUGCCCUGUUAAUGGGCAAAAUGGUCCUAUUUGACGAAUAUGGGCAGGUUGUGGACGAGAAUGCCUAUGAGCCUAAUACCAGGACAUAUACCAAAAGGGAUGUGGAGUUAUAUGAGACACAGCGCGACCUUUUCUGGUGGUAUUGCAAGCAAGAUGCGUAUCAAAGCAUCCUGGGAGGAGGCCGACUCUUCAUGGAGUACGGUCUCUGGAGUCUCUGUCCACCAAGAGCACCUCUUGGCCGUCUAAAUGCAAUUUAUGGGACUUUCGACCACUUAGUACUCUUACUGGGCCGCAUUGGCGACUUUACAUCCAAAGACCUGAAGAGGAAGAGAUUUGCGAUGAAAAUUCGCGAACAAGAACGCGCAAAUAUAGCUUCCCAAGGAGACCCAAAUCUAUCAAACCAGAAGUAUCACCAACAACGGAUGCCGCCUAUGCCUGACUUCAGUGGCAUGGUCCCCGGCGUUGGCGAAGCUAAGCUUCCGAUGGGAUUUGAACCAUCUCCAGAGUCGUCUCCACAGAGCUCAGAGAGCGAAGAUAUGGAUUUCGAAGCCAAAACAAUUGAAGCUGAAGAGGAGUGGCAAGAUAUUAGAAAUGCUUUAAGCAUUCUACAAGAUCAUUUCGGGGAAGAAUUUCAAGCAUUAGGGCCUGAGUUCUGCGGCAGGCCUGUCCAGACACCUUUCGGAACAGCAUUGCAAUAUCGAACAUACGGCAUUGCCGGAAUCUGGAUGAACUUUUAUAUGGCCCUGAUUGCUUGCUAUCGAGCUCAUCCUUCCAUGCCCCCUGCCGCGAUGAUGGCUGCCGGAAUAGCUGCACGGCAGACGGCUUUCUUUGCAAAUGAGAUAGGUCGGAUAACUGCUGGGAUUUGCCCCGAUUUUAGUACGGCGAGCCACGUCAAUCCAGGUGUUGGAGCCGCACUUAUUGAAGCUACGAUGUGUCUUUUCGUCGCGGGAGUGCAGUAUCAACACCCCGACCAGCGUGUGUGGACAAUCAACAGACUUCGCGACAUCGCCCGCCUAACGGGAUGGCAGACGGCACUUGCGGUUGCGGGCGGUUGCGAGGGCUCAUGGGUCAAGGCGGGGGAGAUGGGACAUGGCCCGCCGUAUGCGAGGACCAGUGAAGUAGAAUUCGCCCCUGACAUUUGGAAUAGGCCGAGGAGGGUGGACAAAGAGCUUGAGAAUAGGAGUAACCAAGAAACAAGGAUGGUGGUUAGCAGGUCUGAAAGAGUUCAUUUUGCCCUCGGGUUACUGGGCGUGGAAGGUGACUUUGAACAUCUGAACAUGGAUAACGAGGGGGACCAGGGGAUUUAA